CCAGCAUCCUGUUCUCUUGAUGGUCAGCUGACAGUAGGCCAAUGAACUCUCCAAGAAAAGCUGCCAAGAGCCCAGCAGUGAGAAACCCACCCUGUGAGGACAUCUGGUGAGUGUGACAGAACAAACAAGCAGCUCAGGGUCCCAAGUUCUGAGAGGAAGAGGGUACCAAACAGGUUACAAAAAGAAGUCUAGAAACUAGCAUCUCCUGCAUUCUACUCCCCAAAUCUAGAAGUGAGUUAGGUGUAGUGAGUCAGGACACCCUUCUCCAACCUGGUAACCUCCAGUUGUGGCCAGACUACAACCCAGAAAAACUACCUUGGAAUGUGCUGCUGCCGCCGCGCUGGUGGGUUAAGAAGCCCCUUUGCAGAGAGAGCAAGUCAACUGGCACAGGGCAGAUAUUUUGAAUCACUCUGUGUUUACACUGAAUUGUGUUGAUUGAUUGAUGAAUUGAUUUUGUUUUUGCUUUGUUUACAUGCUACUGUGCUCUCGAUACGAUUAUGAUUAUGGUUAGCGCUUGUUAAUUUUUACAGCUAUUGUUAUUAUGGUGGGCUGCUUUGAGCUCAACUGUAGUUGGAAAAGCAAAACAUAGUGGGGAAGGAGAGCUGAAGAUAAUGCCAAUAUAUUCCACAUCUGGAAACCAAUGUGCCCCUUUGGUUUCAGAUAGUACAUGGGUAGACGGGUCUAUAAGGCCUGGUGCAUAUUUUGCUCUAGGAGGCUUAGUUGAGUCAGAAUUGAGUAUACACUUCCAAAGAUAACGCUCAGUACGAUACUUCUGGUAAAUGAGCCACCAUAGCCACUAGAGGGCUGUGAAAAUUUGUGUCCCAGGCUUUUUAGACUCGUCUACCCAUGUAUUAGGGACGCAGGUGGUGCUGUGGGUUAAACCACAGAGCCUAGGACUUGCCGAUCAGAAGGUCGGCGGUUUAAAUCCCCGCAAUGAGGUGCUAAAGAGGAGCUUGUAUUAUAGGGAGCCCCUCAAAGUAGGUGCAAACCCAAAGUUAACUGGAAGCAGGCAGAAGGCCCAGUUCAAAAGUACAACUGGAGAAACUCCAUCCCCUUUCUGCUGCUGAGACAAAUAUGAAGGACUGUAGAAGACAUGCAAUCUUCUCUAUCCGACCCCCAAAUAUGAGAGUUCUUUUCCUCUCCUCUUCCUCCCCUGCCCAAAUUCUACUGGUUUAUCCACACUCCCGUUCUUUACCACAACUAACCGGUGCAGCUGAUGUCUCCAACAGUGACGCGAAAGGUGAAGUUGGGCUGAUGUGCUUGUCCCUCGGCUUUCAGUAGAUCAUACACAGGGGUUUUGCCUAUGCGUGUCCCAUACUCCUGCAGCAGGCUGAUAGGGGUCUUGCCAGGGUUGGACGCCAGCAUUUGCUCUAUACUGAGGGUCAAAAGGAGACAAGGUUGGAUCUUGGAAGCCACCUUACUCUUCCACCGGAGCUCCUUUUACCUAGUAGUAUUUCUCUGUCUUUCAUGAGUCCAUCGUCUGCAACAAAGGAUGUGCUUGUCUCUUCCCCCCACACCUUCUAUCAUUGGUGGGAGCCUCUAAAACUCCCACAGAGAUUUCACUACUGCCAAAGUCCCUUCAACAGCAAAUGUACAAUGAGGUCAGCCCAUCCCUCCCAGCUUCAUGGACCAGAGGUCCUAGUGAGGACGGGAGGGAUAAGAAAGCAGGAAAGAAAUGAAGAUUACACCCCAAAGAUUUCUUAAUGCAGAUUACUUAGCUCUUGUUGUCUUUUAACCGGGAUAAGUACUGUCUUUCAAUGCAUUCUUAUGAGUGACAUGGGGUUUCUAAUUUAGGAAGUAUGGAAAAGUUACCUUGCUGGAUCAGACAAAAAGCAAGAACGGCCAGCCUGAUGCUCACAAAAAUAGAAUUGGGUAGGGACAGGGUACCUGUUGCUGGGGCUACAACUCGCAUCAUCCCUAAUUGGUCUUGCCGGUGGGUCUGAUAAGAGAUGGCAUCCAACGACAUCUGCAGGACCACAGCUUCUCCUCUCCAGCAUAAAGGCAGCAGCCAUUGUUUUGUGUUAGUAAGUUUCCUGGUAAAAGCAAGCUCAGUUUUGCUUUGAUGGCUAAACAGCCACUGAGAAAACCGAAAUCCUUAUAAGCCCUGAUUCCAGAACACUUGAAGAACAAAUGUUCGAUCAUACAAUCUCCCUAAUCUCCCUUUCCUGAGCAAGAUGAACCAGAUCCAGGGGCUCUUGAAGGAAACUGAUAUUUCCUCAGUUUCCUAGACUCAGUUUUGGCACAGAAACAGCUUUGGUCGCCCUGUCAGGAGAGACAGGGAAAAUGUGUCCCUGUUAAUUCUCCUUGACCUCUCAAGUGGCUUUUGAUACCAUUGACCAUUGCUAUCCUUCUGAAGCAGCUGUCCCAAGUUAGGGGUGCGUGACACCACUUUGCAAAUGGUUCCAGUCCUACUUGGAUGGUUGUUCCAAGGGUGUUGCUUGGGGAGUGUUUUUCAGCAAUACCUCAAAGACCACCUCUUUCCAUAUGAACCUACCUGGACCCUGAGAUCAUUCUGAGACCCUUCUUCAUGCGCCUCCUCCACAAGAGGUCUGGAGGGUGGCAACACAAGAACAGGCCUUUUCUUCAGUAGCUCCCCAUUUGUGGAAUGCUCUCCCCAGGGAGGCUCGCCUGCCACUUUACACACCUUUAGGCACCAGGCAAAAAUAUUCCUCUGUAACCAGGCCUUUGGCUGAUUGACAUCCAAUGCCAAUUUAAAUGGUAAAUGGGGGGAUUAUUGGAUUGUCCCUGUUUUUAUUUUUGUUAUGUAUCUUGUGUUUCUAUCUAGUCAUUUUAUGCUGUGAACCACCCUGAGACCUGCGGCUAUAGGGCAGUAUAGAAAUUUAAUAAAUAAUACAAGCUUCCAUUAAAAUAAACUGCUGCUGGCUUGCAGCUCUGAGCCCCCUUUUGUUGUUGUUUAGUCGUUUAGUCGUGUCCGACUCCUCAUGACCCCAUGGACCAGAGCACGCCAGGCACUCCUGUCUGUUGUCUUUGUCCAUGGAGUUUUCUUGGCAGGGAUACUGGAGUGGCUUGCCGGUUCCUGCUCCACUGUGCCCCCUUACAAUACGGUAAGUCUUAACGAAGUCAUUAACGCUUCUCUCUGCUGAGGCACUUCUAUGUACGCCUACUUGUACACUACUAUGUAAGCCCCAAAGCGGCACCAAGGUCCCUAUGCAGAAAGCUGGUGCGGUCUCAGGAAAUCGUUUCCACAGAAUUGUGGAGUGGGAAGGGACCGUGAGGGUCCCCUAUACAGUGGUACCUCAGGUUAAGUACUUAAUUCGUUCCGGAGGUCCGUUCUUAACCUGAAACUGUUCUUAACCUGAAGCACCACUUUAGCUAAUGGGGCCUCCUGCUGCCGCUGCGUCGCUAGAGCACGACUUCUGUUCUCAUCCUGAAGCAAAGUUCUUAACCUGAAGCACUAUUUUUGGGUUAGCGGAGUCUGUAACCUGAAGUGUAUGUAACCUGAGGUACCACUGUACUCCAACGUCCUCGCACUGCGGGAAUCUUUUGCCCAACGUGGGGCUCCAACCCUGGGAUUACGGGUCUUGCUCUCUACCAGUGGAGCCGCUCUAUCUGGGUCAUGGGAAAGGCAGACAACAAGGCUGCACUCCUAUACCUGUCCUCUUGGGACUCAGCCACGACAGGCAUCUGGAUAGACAGGUGCAGGAUUGUUCUGAAGACAGAGUUGUCCUCUAGACUGCGCACUCCUAGGGAGAGGCAGGAUGGGUCGCUGUCGCCCCCAACCCCAUCCCUCUUAGUCGGGACCCAUCCUCUGUCCGAGUCCCUCCUCCCAUAAUUGCCCAGCCCAUAGGUGAUGCCCCGCUUGGGCCUUCCCGUUAUCAUGGCAGCGUAGGCCCGAGCGCUGCUUCUUCCAGGAGGGGUAUCCUAGCAACGGCGCUCUAGGGGGCGGGGCUUCCCCUCCUCCUGCCUCCCUCCCUCCCCGCCCGUCUCUUAGCAACGGGGCGCGGGCGGAUUCGUUCACCUGGGGAAGCCGCCGCAGCUCCUCGCGCUCCCGCAAGGCUCCUCCGCCUCCUCCUCGCUCAUUCCCUCCUCCUGCCCCGCCGCCGCCGCCACCGCAACGCCCGCCGCCCGCCAGCCCGGUUCACAAUGGCCGGGAGAGAGGAAGCGGCGGCCCUGGCGCCACCCCGCCGCCGCCGCCGCCUCCUCCCGAGCGCUGCGAGGCGCAUCCUGGAAGUUGGAGUCCGGCGCCGGGCCCAGGUCGCGAGGCGGCUUCGGUACGGGGACUACGACUCCCAGAAGGCCGCUCGGCCGCACAGCGAGCAGAGGCCGGGCCUUGUCCCGCGAUGCACGCUGGGAGAAGUAGUCUCCGAGGGUCACAGAUACAGCGACAGACAAAUAGAUAUUUCUUUCGCUUGCCAUCAGUACAGGUAAACGUUGCUAUCAGUGCCGGAUUUACGUAUAAGCUAAACAAGUUCUAGCUUAGGGCCCCACUCUCUUGGGGCCCCCCCGAAAAAAGUAAAGAAAAAAAAACCUGGAUGCACAUUUCCAAAAUAUAAGAUAAAAAACAAAUAAGAUAAAACCUACAUACAGCAAUACUGUGUUGUGUAGGCUUCUGUGAUGCAAGUAAUGGGCCCUGCCUGCUAUCCUGCUCCCUAAAAUAUCACUGGUUUGCACAUUUCUGUAUAUAGGGUGCCUACAUUCUGCUGUUUAUAAUUAUUAGUAGUUUGCAUCAUAUAUUUUCACCUAUUAUUAUUUUAUGUUAUAGCAAGUUUCCAGAGACUAGAUUGUGACUCUUUGUAAAUUGUGUUUCUAAAGAAACUUUUGUUAUUGCCAAAUGCCAAUGUGUUUGCAUUAUUAAGUUUGUUAUGAAUAAAAAAUCAUUUUAAGUUAGAGCUUAAUAAUUAUUUCACUAUUAAUAUACUUCUUCUUAAUCGUAGUUCACUAUUAAAAUACUUCUUCUUAACUGCAUUUCAGUUCAACAAUUACUUUGAUAAAAUACAUAUUUUUUAUGUACAAAUGGCUUUAGAUACCUAUUAAGUCCAUAAAUUAUCAUAUAGCAUAUAUUCAACACAAAAAACAGUGACUAUUUCUUGUUGACAAAGGACAGCUGGACAUAUAAAGGGUGCCAUUACCUUCAGUAGCUUAGGGCCUUAUCAAACCUAAAUCCGGCCCUGGUUGCCAUAGGCAUAGACAGGGUUUUUGUUAAGGGGGUGGGGGCAAAAGGUUGUUGAGCUAUUUUUAGGGAGAUCACCUAAAAGGUUGUUGUGCUUCAUUGGGAGAUCACGGGUAAAAAUCCCCCCUGAAAUAUGACAUUACGGGAGGCAGGCUUCUUCUGGGGGGGAGGGUAAAACUACAGUUAAUUGAGGGGUUUUUUAAUACAUUUCAGUCAUUUCUGAGGUCUACGCCCAUGAACCUUGCAUACUGUUAAGGCACCUGCUACAAGUACCCACACCCUGCCAAACGACGCUCGGCUUAAACACAAUAAUGAUGGAUGAAGCCACCAGGGAAACAAGGAAUAAUAGAAUUGGAAGAGACCACACGGGUCAUCUAGUCCAAACCCCUACAACGCAGGAAUCUUUUCCCCACAUUUGGGGCUCAAACCCACAACCCUGAGAUUAAGAGCUUCACACUCUGCCGACUGAGCUAUCCAAGGUAACUUGGGUUCAUGACUGAUUGGUAAGUUAACUGACAAUAAAGUUUCUGGUGUAAUAAACGUAAAUCUUCCCUUAUUCCUUUGUGGGGGACACAAAAGGCCUUAUAGAGUCCUUUGUAGGUUCUCCAUCCGUCAGAGAAAAGAACAGAGGCAAACCAGAGAAUGUUGAGAAGCAAAGCAGCUUUUAAGCCUGAUCUUUAUUGAACUGUUGCAACAGGGUGCUCCCCUCUCACGCAGGAAAGGAGGAGGACCCAGAACAAAGUGUGUCCGCCCUUAUAUAGACAUUUUAAAUUGCCCACCUUGGAGUCCAAGACCACCCCCAGAAACAUCAUACCUACAUCACAGAAGGGGUGUAGCUCAAGACUACUAUCCCAGAUAUAUCAUACCUACAUCACAGAAAGGGUGGUCUAGAGUGCGUUGUUUACCUCCUGUCUGGCAGGUUACCUGUUAAUGCUUACUUGAUUGGAUACCCUGGGGAGCCUGGCCAGUCUUUUGUAAUAACAAAUACUUAGUUCCUGAGCCAGGUCACAGGCUCACCCUAUUCAUACACAGAUAUACCCUUAAGACAGGUUUUGUGAAUGAAAAGACAAUGGGGAGGCUUUUCCAUUUUCCUUUGACCUUGCAGAGAAAACAUUUGGUCAGUUUGGGAGUCAAAAUGGUUCCAGGGCUGUUUUCCUGUGCUGCUUCAGACAUGUGGUUUAUAUAUUUAUGUACGUGUUUGCUUGGUACAUUUAUGAACAUUAUAUAUAUAUACAUAUAAGACCUUAAUUUUUUUAUUUCACUGGUACUGGUUUUGCUCCACUCCAAGAAGCUGUCUCAAAUGCAGUUCAGCUGGGAAGGGCAGAUGACAUAAAGCUGGCAUACAGGCUAGAGAACAUACAACUGGCUCCCACAUCUCCCCUCCAGAGGAGGCCAACAGCAGCACAAACACAAAUAUUGUGGAGGGCAAUUAUAGUCUCUUCCCCAGCCUCCUGGAAGUACCAACUGCUGGUGCAGGUCCUUGCUGCACUUAUGGGGGCGGGGGGGAAUCUUAACCUCUUUAAAGUAAAUUCAACGGAUUUAAUGGAAUUAUUCCCACGUAAGUGUAUACUGUAUAGAAUUUGCAGUCUGCAGCUUGACACAAAGCUUAAGGAUGUGUAACUACAGCUGUGUGCACACGGGAGCAUUUAUGUGUACACGAGUCACAGUUUUCCUGUGAAAGAUUAUGCACACAUGAGGCACUUUCAGUUUUAGGACUCCAAACUUGAUGUUUCCCUGUCCACACUAGUGGGCAGUGUUUGAUGGAUUAUAGAACAAUCCCAAAAGCCAUGUUGGCUCCUAAUGAUUCUAAAUACUUCCUCUGCAGAAGGAAAGACCUCAGAGAAACCUUUCCCAGUAGUUCUUUUCACUUGCAAAUCCUGUCUUAAGGACAUAUUUUGUGUAUGAACCCUCUGACCUGGAUUCAAGAACUGAGGUAUUUACCAUUUUGAAAGAAUAACCCAGACUGGACAGGGAAUGCAUUCAGUGACCAUUAUCAGGUAUCUUGUCAGGCAGAAGUCAAGCCACACCUUCAAAUUUCUGUUGUAGACCACCUCUUUCCAUGACCUAUGGAUGAUGCUUUUUGGGUGGUCUUUGGCUAGGGGGCUGGGCAAUUUCUAAAGUCUUAUUUAAAACUACAGUGGUACCUCGGGUUAAGUACUUAAUUCGUUCCGGAGGUCCGUUCUUAACCUGAAACUGUUCUUAACCUGAAGCACCACUUUAGCUAAUGGGGCCUCCUGCUGCUGCUUCGCUGCCGGAGCACGAUUUCUGUUCUCAUCCUGAAGCAAAGUUCUUAACCUGAAGCACUAUUUCUGGGUUAGCGGAGUGUGUGACCUGAAGCGUAUGUAACCUGAAGCGUAUGUAACCCGAGGUACCACUGUACUUGCACACCCUUGUUCUGGGUCCUAACCUCUUUGCAAAGGAGAGACGGGGGAAACUCUGUUUCAACAAUAAAUAUCUUCCUUGCUUUCCUCCUUCUUUCCUCCUUUUCCAUCAUUCUGCCUGGACACUGAGGUCCAGCGCUGAGGGCCUUCUGGCGGCUCCCUCGCUACGAGAAGCCAAGUUACAGGGAACCAGGCAGAGGGCCUUCUCGGUAGUGGCACCCGUCCUGUGGAACGCCCUCCCAGCAGAUGUCAAAGAGGAAAAAUAACUACCAAACUUUUAGAAGACAUCUGAAGGCAGCCCUGUUUAGGGAAGCUUUUAAUGUUUAAUAGGUUAUUGUAUUUUAGUGCUUUGUUGGAAGCCGCCCAGAGUGGCUGGGGAAACCCAGGCAGAUGGGCGGAGUAUAAAUAAUAAAUUAUUUUAUUAUUAUUAUUUUUACUCCUGCCUCCAUCCAUUCUUCUUUGACGGUUCAUGAACCUAGGGGACUCAGAGUUUCUACAACAGUGUCCAGGGCUGCCCAUUUAGUAAAAAUGCUCGCGGAGUCCAACGGCUCUGCGACCAGUGGGACUACAUUGCCCAUAAGCCACUGCGCGGAGCAGGCGGGCGGCUCCGAGCGUUCCUUUUUUUUCCCCCGUCCGUCCACUUUUUGUUCCCCCGACCCGUUUCCCAGCCUGAUUGGUUCCUACCUAGCUUCCCUCCCGCGUCCCCGAAAGUCCCCUUUCUCCCCGUUCUUGGUCCCCGCCCUCAACUUGCCCCGCGAUUGGUCGGGCCCCACCGGCCCGGCGCCGCAAUUGGCUCUGCUCGGCGCACCGGCGGCAGUAAGCGAGCCGGGCUGGUGAUGGAGGGAGCGCUGCUGAAAUGGACCAACUAUCUUUCGGGUGAGAGAGAGAGAGUCCUCAAGUGGGUCGGGCUUUGCAUUUGGGGAGGCGGCCUCUGCCUUCGUCGCCUCCUGCUCCCCGCAUGGAUCCGCUUGCCCCCCCCAACCUUUGUACCCCUUUCUUCGCGUUCCUUAGCAACCCAGCUAUCCCACAGGGCAGGGGAUAGAACCCAGGAGUCCGGGCUUCCUCCCACCCCUACCCCCCCCGUAACCCCAGCCCCCCAAAAUGCUCCCUUUCUCAUUGUGCGACUUAAUCCUUACAUCCCUUUCCAGGAAACCGAAUCUCACUUGCACCCGCUCCUUCCCCAGCCAAAGGGUUUUAAGGGCUGCCAUCUUUCUCUGCGCCUUGUAGCAGUUGCGUAACUGGGAAAAAUUCAACGGGUGCAGGUGAUUUUCCAGCAGUGGAGAUGAGGGGAAGGAAUAAGUGUCACCCACUGACUUACGUUUGGUGGUUUCAUUUGUCUCUGUGUGGGUUUUUUUAAAGGGUUAGGGCCGUGCUCGACCACCUCUCCAUUGUAGUGAGUCACUUUCCUGGUGCUGCUGAGCAGGAUGAGUCGUCCAUGUCAACUAGGAGUCUUGUUUUCUGUGGUUUUUCUGCGUUUCUCAUUGCAGUUGUUUGAGCACUUCCCGUAGGAGGUGUGCCCACGAAUACAGAAGCAAAGCAAGACGUGGGGUGGCCACAUGCUGCAGGGGGGACUUUGCUUGUGGAGCAUCUUCCUGUCAUGGCAUUUGAUAAAUGCACAGGAGAUCUUCUCUAGCAAAUGCUACAGGAUUUGUCAGAGCAGCCUCCCAAGUGCUGCCCUGGCCCGGCCCAAUGACAAGAGUGGGCUGCAAUCUCCAAGAAAAUAAACAAAUACUGGUUUAAAUAAAGACUAUUUAUAGUCAGUGUUACACCCCCAUGGUGAUGUUUUGUGUAUUUAUGGUUAAAGCACAUAUACCUGUGUCAGGAGUGGGGGACAUGUAGCCCUCCAGAUGUGGCUGGACUACAUCUCCCAUUAUCCUUGACCAUUGACUCUGCAGGCUGGGUCUGAUGGGUGCGGGAGUAAAAAGAAAAAAGCAUCAGGAGGAUCACAUGCUCCCUCCCAUGGUCUUUGCAUCCCCUAACCCUUAGCUUUACUGUAUUUUGUUUCAAAAAACCCUUACAGUGGUACCUCGGGUUAUGCACUUGCCUACUUACACACGCUUUGGGUUACGAACUCCGCAAACCCAGAAGUAGGUGCUCCAGGUUGCGAACUUUGCCCCGGGAUAUGAACGCAAUCUGCUUCCGGGGCCGCGGGAGGCCGAUGUAGGGAAUGGGCGCCUUGGGUUAAGAAUGCUUUGGGUUAAGAAUGGACUUCAGGAACGAAUUAAGUUUGUAACCCGAGGUACCACUGUAUUAAAAAAAUUGUAUUGAAGUAUGUCUGCAUGGGGACGCGGGCAGCGCUGUGGGUUAAACCACAGAGCCUAAGACUUGCCGAUCCGAAGGUUGGCGGUUCGAAUCCCCGCAACGGGGUGAGCUUCCGUCGCUCAGUCCCUGCUCCUGCCAACCUAGCGGUUCGAAAGCAUGUCAAAGUGCAAGAAGAUAAAUAGGUACCACUCUGGUGGGAAGGUAAGCGGCGUUUCCAUGUGCUGCUCUGAUUCGCCAGAAGCGGCUUAGCCAUGCUGGCCUCAUGACCUGGAAGCUGUAUGCCAGCUCCCUCGGCCAAUAAAGCGAGAUGAGCGCUGCAACCCCAGAGUCGGUCACGACUGGACCUAAUAGUCAGAGGUCCCUUUACCUUUUUAUGUUUGCCUGAGAGUGGCUGGGGAUACUCAGCCUGAUGGGCGGGGUAUAAAUAAUAAAUUAUUAUUAUUAUUAUAGCUUUUGAUGACCACUGAGCUGUUGUUCAAAGAUGAAAAUGUAGGAUGGCUCUGUACACCUUGCUUCCUAACCCUCGGAUUCUGCUAGCUGGAGGGCAUUAGGAACAGCUGGAGUUGUAUAUCUGUUAGCGGAGGAAAGCUUCACCUGCCAAGGGGCAUGCCAGCUUCACAGGUCCCUGCUACACCUCUGGAAAGUCCUGCAGGCUUAGCUCUAAUGCCAGUGGUGUACUGUUUUAAGCCCCAAACAGGGUGUUCCACUUUGAUCUUCAGAGAACUCUAGGAUCUCUCUCCCCAGCCAACCUGGAGAUGGUGUUUUAAGGGUGUGGGAAAGGCAGGUUUGUUUUUUGUUUUAAAGAACUUCCUUUUCUUACCAGUAGUACUUUGGAAGAUCUCCCACUUAGAUUGUCUCCACCUCACUUAGGAAUGAGUGCUGCAAUAUACAUGUAUGCAAAAGGAAUCGUUCAAUCAUGUUCCUGUUUACAUGUGGGUAAUUUAAUUAAAUUUUGAUUCUCCUUGGAAACUGCUGGUGAGAGAGCUUGACUUGCCAUGGAAAAAGGAUCCUCAUUUCCACAUCUCUCUUUUCCCCCUCUCCUCCCACCACAGGUUGGCAGCCACGAUACUUUGUACUAGAGAAUGGCAUCCUCUCCUAUUAUGAUUCACAGGAUGACGUGGGAAAGGGCAGCAAAGGCAGCAUCAAGAUGGCUGUGUGUGAGAUCAAAGGUUGGGGCAUUUUGUGCUAUUUUGUGGGCAAGUGGGGAGGGGAAGCUGUUUAAAUGUCACCUUAUAAAUAAGCCCACAAAUGUUAUUAACCUGCCUCCAAAAUAUUAGAAUCAUAGAAUUGCAGAGUUAGAAGGGGGCAAUUCCCUGCAGUGCAGGACUCUCAGCUAAAUCAUCCAUGACCGAUGGCCACAGACUGUUCAAUUAUCUGUUCUAGGACUUUUCCAGGUAUUGACCUGAAGUUGACCUGCCAGUACUUACCUGGGUCUUCCCCCCCCCCUUUUGAAGAUAGGGAUACCAUUUGCCUGCCUGCAGUCUGCAAGGACCUCACCUGUUCUCCAAGAAUUCUCAAAGAUUAUAGAUAGAGGCUCUGAGAUUGCAUCUGCAAGCUCCUUUAGUGCCCUUGAAUGCAGCUCACCAGACCCUGGGGAUUUGAAUUCAUUUAAAGUCGUGAGGUGUUCCUUUACCACCUCUUUUCCUACCUUGGGCUGCAGCUGUCUCUUUGCAUCAUUUAUUCUGUUAUCACCAGGUUGGGCAUCGCCUUCCUUUUGGAUGAAAACAGAGGCAGAGUAGUUGCACCUUCUCUCUAUCGCCCAAUAGAGUUUCUCUGGCUUCUCCAUGCAGAGGACCAACUACUUGCUUGUUCUUCCUCUUGCUUCGAACAUAGCCAAAGAAACCUAUUAUUAUUAGCCUCUCUUGCAAGCCUGAGCUCGUUCUGAGCUUUGGCCUGCCUGACCUUAUCCCUGCAACUGUUGGCUACUCAUGUAUACUCUUCCUUUGUGAUUUCCCCUUUCUUCCAUUUCUUGUACAUGCCCUUCUUAAAUCUCAGCUCCUUACGCAGCCACACUGGUUUCUUUCUUUUAAAUAAGUUUUUAUUUGAAAUUUUAUUUACAACAUAGCCCCCCCCCAAACACAGAAAUCCACCCCCAUCAGACACAAACAUAACAAACAACAAGCAUAAUAUACAACAAUACAAACAACCAAAUAAAAGACUUCCUUUAUCCUGUUUCUGGCAUCCUUAUUUACUUCUUAUAAGCUGUUUCCUUUAUGAAUAAUUAUUAAGAUUUUUCUAAUUAUAACUUAAAUAUCCACAAAGUCUCCUGCAGACAUUAAUCGAAACAAGUCCAGAUGUGAAUUUUAGGGCACUAUUCUGUGAAGUAUUCUCUGCAUUUCCCCCAUGCUUUUUGAAAUUCUUGUCUAGUAUGAUCUCUAAUUGCAUCUGUUAAUCUAGCCAGUUCAAUAUACUCUAACAGUUUGUCUUGCCAUUCCAUUUUUGUUGGCACAAUUUCUUUUUUCCACUUUUUAGCAAUUAGGAUCCUUGCUGCUCCUGUAGCUUAGAGGAAUAUUUUCUGAUCUUCUCUUGCUAUACCUGCGUCUGUUAUCCCUAGUAGAAAAGCUUCUGUAUUUUUUAUAAAGUUAUACUUAAACAUUCUUUUAAGCUCGUCAUAUACUAUGUUCCAGAAGCUUUUGAUUUUUUCCACAGGUCCACCAAACAUGUAUAAGCGCCCCCUCUGUUUUACCACACCUCCAGCACAGAUUUGUUUUUGUCUUGUACAUUUUAGCUAUUUUGGUAGGUGUUAAGUACCAUCUAUAAAACAUCUUGAUUAGAUUUCCCCUCAAUACUUCACAGGCUGUAAAUUUCCAGUUCUUUCUCCAUAAUUCUUCCCAAGCCACACUGGUUUCUUUAGACGCCUCCCACUUUUCUUUCUUCUUGGAAUUGUCUACAAUUGUGCCGUCAACAUUUCACCUUUUAAAAAAAACCCUCCCGUCCAUCAAUUAGUAGCCUUCAUUUUCCUGCUGGCUUCAGAGAAGAAGGCCCCCUCCUUCAUAGACUGUAUGGAAACACAGACUGCUAAUAACAAAACUUGCCAUCUUAUAAUCAGACUGCUGGAGGAGGGAAGGCUCACCCCCACCCCCUUCUGCUAACCUGCUGCAUUUUCAUGCUGGUCGUGGAGGAGUAGAAUUUCCUCCCUCCACAUCCAGCACAGAAAUCAGUGGUUCAAGAGCUCUUGACCCGAGUCUUUUGAAUGAUCUGAAAUAUUGGCGCCAGACCCCUGGCUGUAUAGCUGACCUCCAAGGCACAAGCUCAAGGCAAUUUCAUGUGGCCUCAUUUAGCUCCCAAAUUAUCUCAGAGUGGCUAGAAGAGGAACUUCUCCCCUUUAACUGCAUCAUCUUGGACGAGCGGGGGAACUGGGCAGCUAAUGUUAUUUAAUGUAGAAUGCAAAAGUGUGAUUGUGUAUGUCCAGAGGGAGGUAUCCCAUGAAAUAAUUCCACUAGGACAAGGAAUUUUGGGCGUGUACAGAACUUCGCCUUCCAAUGGCAUAGCUAGCCACUCGGUUGUCUGGGGUGGCACGUAUGCUGUGCGCCUGGGGGCAGGGUAAGCAGGGCGGCUGAAGGGGAGGUGGUGGGUUAUAAUACAAGCCUCACACUGCUGUGGAUUGGGCACGCUGCAGACCCCACGGUAAGUGCCCCCCCCGGUGUGGUGCCCAUUGCCCCCCUAGCUACGCUUCUGUCACCUUCCUCUCCCCCCACAUACCUCCUUAAAUCUGUUUUCUGAGGUUUCCCAAUCAUCUAGAGCAGCCUUCCUCAACCUUGGCCCUCCAGAUAUUUUUGAGACUACAAUUCCCAUCAUGCCUGACCACUGGUCCUACUAGCUAGGGAUGAUGGGAGUUGUAGGCCAAAAACAUCUGGAGGGCCGAGGUUGAGGAAGCCUGCUCUAGAGAAUAUUGGGGGGGGCAUAUGGGAAGGGGAGAGGGAGGGGACACUACUGGAAGGACUAUUUUGGAUGCUGCCCUGCCUCUUGCGUAUGAAGCCACUGGCAUCUCAACAUCCUCUCUGCUCUCUUUUCCCUAACUGCUUCCAUAGUCCACACUACUGACCCCACUCGCAUGGAGCUGGUCAUCCCUGGAGAGCAGUACUUCUACCUGAAGGCAGGAGGCGCCGCUGAGAGACAGAAAUGGCUCGUGGCUUUGGGCAGCUCCAAGGCCUGCCUGGGGGACAGCAGGAGCCAGAAAGAGAGAGGUUGGUUCUUUGCAAAUAGCUUUGUCCUGACGAGAGUUUGAAAAGCCCAGAGUGGGAUUGUGGGGCUGAGAUCCGAGGAUGGUGUUGGCAGAGCUGGGGGAAUGUAAGGUGGGAACUUCCGGUUAAACCCUGAUAAGAGUGAGGUGUUUAAGUCUCACACCUCCUUAGCAAACAUCCUUGAUCCUGCUUGGUCCACUUCAGGGCUCUCAGUCUAAGCCUGUGGGUCUUGCGCAUGCCUUGUUGGGGAAGAGAAAGUAACCAGUUAACUAGAUUCUGCCAGGUUGAUUUCAACGGUUUCUCCUUGAACACCUGGUCUAUCCCUGGAAAGAAUGGGAAAAUCCAGCUGUGGCUGGAUGGUUACGUGGGAGCCGGUUGAAGUUAAAUCCUUCGAAGACAGAGGUCCUUUGGCUGGGUCGGGACGAUAUGGGAUUGGGGGGGCAACUCCCAUCUCUUGUGGGGGCGCAAUUAGUGCCAGCGCCAACCGUUAAGAGUUUGGGUGUAAUCUUUGACGCCUCCCUUUCCAUGGAGGCGCAGAUUGCAGCUAUAACAAAGGCGGCAUUUUUUCAUCUCUUCCAAGCUAAGCAGUUGGCUCCUUACCUCUCUCACCCUGACCUAGCCACUGUGAUCCACGCGACGGUCCCCUCCAGACUGGAUUAUUGUAGCUCGCUCUACGUGGGGCUGCCCUUGAGACUGACCCAGAAACUCCAGCGGGUGCAGAAUGCCACGGCGAGACUCCUUAUGGGGUCCUCGCUGCGAGAUCACAUUCAUCUGGUGCUAUACCAGCUACACUGGCUCCUGGUGGAGUAUAGGAUCAGGUUUAAGGUGCUGGUUUUAACCUUUAAAGCCUUAUACGGCCUAGGACCCUCAUACCUACAGGACCGCCUCUCCUGGUAUGUCCCACAGAGGAACUUACGAUCGCCAACAAAAACAUCUUGGAGGUCCUAGGCCACAGAGAUGUUAGGCUGGCCUCAACCAGAGCCAGGGCUUUGUCGGCUGUGGCUCCGAUCUGGUGGAACGCUCUGCCACGAGAGAUUAGGGCUCUGCGGGACUUGACAUCUUUCCGCAGAGCCUGCAAGACAGAGCUGUUCCGCCAAGCCUUUGGCCAGGGCACAGCCUGACUCCCUCCUUUGGCAAUCUUCACAGAACUCUACCCAAUGGUUGCCAUCAAUUUGAUUUGAAGUAAUGUUUUUAAUGAAAUGAUUUUAAAAUGUUGUCUUAUUUUAUUGUUGUUAGCCGCCCUGAGCCCGGCUUCGGCUGGGGAGGGCGGGAUAUAAAUAAAAAUUUCUUCUUCUUCUUCUUCUUAUUAUUAUUAUUAAAAUCGGACUGGAUGUCAAGCUAACAUGGAACUGCCAAAGAGGUGCUGCAACUCUCCAACAGUUUGAUUAUACAGCUGAUGAUGCCCUCUCCCGUUGUCUGUCGAGACAGACGGAUACAGCAAUGCAAUUUUGCCCACGUUUUACUUACCAAGCAAGACUGAGCUAUAUUACUUUAACCCAGAUAGCUUUGGAAUUCCCAAGUUGCGUUACAACUUUUUAGCACCCCCUCAUGUUUGGAAUUUGAAAGGUGAAAAAUUCGGCACGCCCUAGAGGGGGAUGUUUUAAAAACAUUGAGAUCAGAGGUUCCCAACCAUUGGUGCAUGGACCACCAAUAGUCUGCAAGCCUCAUUCGGGUUGUCCGUGGCGUGCCGGCAUUCAUAUUGAUUUCUAAUUGUAUUUUAGUGCUUAUUUUAUUUCUUCUAUUGUGUUACAAUUUGAAUUCUAUGGAAUGCAGCUUGUGAUGCUACCAGGUGCAAUAUAAGAAGUAAAAGAAGCAGUAUAAAUACAAACAAAGCCCAUUAGAGCCGCUACAGCAGGCAGAAAAGCCAUUAGGUGGUCGUCAAGAUGUUCAGCAUCUUUGAAAUGACUCCCCGGGCAGUGGGGGAGGGAGGCAGAAAGUUUGGGAACCACUCAAGAUGAAGUCUUUCUUUUAUUUUACUGAUUUUGAAUAUAUUUUUCCUUUUGUUACUCUCCCUGAACCUUUGGGAAGCAGUGAGUUUUCAAGCCAUAGAAACAAACCACCCAGCGCGGUACAAAACUGGUUGUGUUCUCUACUUGCAGAAGAGAUGACAUUUGCAGUACAGUGGUACCUCGGGUUACAUACGCUUCAGGUUACAGACUCCACUAACCCAGAAAUAGUACCUCAGGUUAAGAACUUUGCUUCAGAAUGAGAACAGAAAUCGUGCAGUGGUGGCAGCAGGAGGCCCCAUUAGCUAAAGUGGUGCUUCAGGUUAAGAACAGUUUCAGGUUAAGAACGGAGCUCCGGAACAAAUUAAGUACUUAAUCCGAGAUACCACUGUAUAUCACUUUCCCCUUGGAAUCCUUGAUGGUCCACCAGAGGGCAGUGUGGCGCAGGGAGCAAAUGUUAUUUGACUGCCAAUCUCAACCGGUUAGUUAUACAAAACAAAUGAAAUACUGUGAAAAUCCCUGAAACGAGAAGUAAUCAACUAAAAAUAUUAUCUUAUAGAAUUAAACUAAAUAACAAAAAUCAAAGUUUAAGGGAAAUAUUAGAAAAACCUAGAAUUGAACAAAGCCUUAACAGGAUGCCGGCUACAAACCUUGUUUCACUGAACUAUUCUGUUUCCUCAGAAGGAAAUAGAGAAAUCAUAAACCUUAAAUGAUUUUAAACAAACUCAAGAACAGGGCUGAAACGCUCCCCUGAGUCUACAAAAAAGGUUUGAAAACCUCAAUAGCAAGUUUAAGACACAGCCCUAUUUAAAGGAAGCCAAGCAGUAGCGAUAAGGAGCUGAGGACUUGGCUGUGAAAACUCCAGUAUUGCCUUUACAAAAAGGUUUUCAAAAACCUACAUAGCACAAAUUCAAAAAAAGGAAUAAUAAGAUAAGCUCUUUUAGAUUUUGAACAAACUCAAGAACAGGACUGAAAUGCUCCCAUGGUCUAGAUGUUACUGCUGAUGUUGAAGACUGUUAGUUAUGGCUGUGCGUUAAUCUCACACACACACCCCAAGCUGGUAGUAAAGCUGUGCCAUGUUUUUCUGUGUCCCCACCCCCCACGCCCCCUUUUUUUUUGUUUUUGGUACCUGUCACCACUGCUUUCUGCUCCAAAUAGAAAUUUCACUGCACCUGGCUGUUAUAAACAGCAGCUCUCUUCCGCUCUCAGCAAAAGGGAAAAGACUCUUUGUGCGCGCUGCUCAUUUUUUCUACGAUCCCUUUUUCAGUUCUUGCUCUGCUUGCUUGUCUUCCUCAGAUCUGGACCUAAGCAACGAGUCCCUCGGGAGGAAGCUGUCCGAACUGCGACUGUAUUGCGACGUGCUGACACAGCAGGUCCUCGCCGUACAGGAUGCAACACAUCCUCAAGACAAUGGCUCCCCUCUUGACCUCCAGGUGAGGGCAGCUUUGGAGGGAUCAUGCAGUUUGGGGGCCGUGGCAUCAGGGAACAUUGCAUGCUGCAAGCACCUGUUCCUGCAGGUGUGAGGAACCUUUGGCCCACCAGAUGAGAACAGCGGAAGCAGAUGGGAGGAGAGUUCAGGGAUUUGUUGUUGUUGUUUAGUCGUUUCCGACUCUUCGUGACCCCAUGGACCAGAGCACGCCAGGCACUCCUGUCUUCCACUGCCUCCCACAGUUUGGUCAAACUCAUGCUGGUAGCUUCGAGAACACGAUCCAACCAUCUUGUCCUCUGUCAUCGCCUUCUCCUUGUGCCCUCCUUCUUUCUCAACAUCAGGGUCUUUUCCAGGGAGUCUUCUCUUCUCAUGAGGUGGCCAAAGUAUUGGAGUCUCAGCUUCACGAUCUGUCCUUCCAGUGAGCACUCAGGGCUGAUUUCCUUGAGAAUGGAUAGGUUUGAUCUUCUUGCAGUCCAUGGGACUCUCAAGAGUCCUCCAGCACCAUAAUUCAAAAGCAUCAAUUCUUCGGCGAUCAGCCUUCUUUAUGGUCCAGCUCUCACUUCCAUACAUCACUACUGGGAAAACCAUAGCUUUAACUAUACGGACCUUUGUCGGCAAGGUGAUGUCUCUGCUUCUUAAGAUGCUGUCUAGGUUUGUCAUUGCUUUUCUCCCAAGAAGCAGGCAUCUUUUAAUUUUGUGACCUGCAGUGAUCAUGGAGCCCAAGAAAGUAAAAUCUCUCACUGCCUCCAUUUCUUCCCCUUCCAUUUGCCAGGAGGUGAUGGGACCAGUGGCCUAAUAAUAAUAAUAAUAAUUUUUGUGUCUCUGUUUCUUAAUUUAAUCAUUUUACAUUGUUUUGUAUGAUUUGUGGUAUUUUGGGUAUUGUGGUUUGCUGCUAUUUUUGUCGAUUAUAGAUGAGUCAUUUUUCAUUGUAAUUGAUAAGUGUAAACUGUUUAAUUAUUACCUUCUGAUGUUUAAUUUUAGUGUUUACUAUUGGAUUCUAAUGCAUUAUUGCAUACUGCUUUAUUUGGUAUAAGUUGUUUAUUUUAAAGUUAUUGUGAGGAGAAGGGGACAACAGAGGACGAGAUGGCUGGAUAGUAUUCUCGAUGCUACCAGCAUGAGUUUGACCAAACUGCAGGAGGCAAUGGAAGACAAAUGCCUGGCGUGCUCUGGUCCAUGGGGUCACGAAGAGUCGGACACGACUAAACCACUAAACAACAACAAAUGAUUGUUACAAUUAAUGUUUGAUGUUUUAUUACUAUUAUUGUGUGUGUUGGAAGCCGCCCAGAGUGGCUGGGGCAAUGUACCCAGAUGGGCGGGGUAAUAAUAAUAAUAAUAAUAAUAAUAAUAAUAAUAAUAAUAAUAUGUUGCUGAACUCCAACUCCCAGCAUCCCUGCCCAUUGGCCAUGCCUGCUUGGGCUGAUGGGCUGUUGUAUUCCAGGAACAUAUUGGUGGGCCAAAGGUUCCCCACUCCUCUGUUCCAGGGUGCUUAGCAGAGAACGUACCCCCCUGGGUCAUUUGUGAGCAAAAUGUGGUCUCCCUCUGACCUCCGUCGGGCAGGAAUGUGGAACGUUGGCCUGCUGAACCUCAGCCCAGCUGCCACGACCAGUGGUUGUGGAGUGCUGAUGGUUCUCCAUUCCUGCUAUAGGAGAUCCGAGAGAAAACAGCCAAGGAUUGUUGUAGUCCAUAAGGCACCACGGUUAUAUUCAGAGAUGCUUUGGGGUUAUGAGAGGCAGCUGUUACUGCUGUGGACGUGGUUAGAUGGAGCAAGGGCAGGGUUGGUCCAAGACGUUUUUGUUUUCUUGGCGUGGAAAACCGACAGGGCACCACUCCUGGUUGACGCCAUCCACAGCGGUGUUCAAAGUUGUAACCUUGGAGAGCCAGUGCCAAAGGAGUGGUACCUGCUACCUCGAGAGAAGGAGUUUUGUCUGUACUGAGCUCAGUGCGCCUAGGGAGCAUCCCAUUUGUUCAUUACGGUGCUUGUGGUGCAGCCCUCCCACUUGGCUGCGCAGUCUUAGUUUUCACUUACAGAACCAUUUAUUUGAAAGCUCCCCCUGCCCCCAGUAUGGGCACUAAGGUGGCGCAGAGCUAGGUUACCUUAGCAGCAGAAUCUUUGAACUGGCCCUGGGCUGAAGUCUCUUGGGACUUGCACUGAGUCGCUGAGGCCCUGAAGGCCAGGCGGGUCAGACUUCCUACUCACUCCUCUUCCUGCUCUUGGCUUCCUCCAGAAGAUGAACGAAGCGUCAUCCUUGUUGCGAGCAACCUGCAGCCAGUUCAUCUCCACGCUAGAAGAGUGCAUGAAAUUUGCAAACACCCGAUUGGCUCCUGAGCUGUACCAUCCUUUGACGGUCCCCCAACCUUUUGACUUUGUGGGUACCAAACUCCCACAUUCUCACCGGGUGAGUCCAAUCAUUGUAUUCUGCCUUUCCACCCAGAUAGGAAGUGCUAACAAAUUAAAGUCUGAAAUGCAACAUACAUAUAAAACAUUCCUUGAAAAGGGAAUUUCACAAGUAUGGUGCUGCGGUGGGAGCGGGUGGCGCUGUGGUCUAAACCACUGAGCCUCUUGGGCUUGCUGAUCAGAAGGUCGGCGGUUCGAAUCCCUGCAACGGGGUGAGCUCCCGUUGCUCAGUCCCAGCUCCUGCCAACCUAGCAGUUCGAAAGCAUGCUGGUGCAAGUAGAUAAAUAGGUACCACUGCAACAGGAAGGUAAACAGCGUUUCCGUGCGCUCUGGCUUCUGUCACGAUGUUCUGUUUUGCCAGAAGAAGUUUAGUCAUGCUGGCCACAUGUCCCAGAAAGCUGUCUGUGGACAAACGCCGGCUCCCUCAGCCUGAAAGUGAGAUGAACGCCGCACCCCAUAGUCGCCUUUGACUGGACUUAACCGUCCAGGAGUCCUUUACCUUUUGCCUUUUACCUGCUGUGGUGCCCUGUUCUUUACCUUUGUUAAUUUAGUCUCUUGAGUCCCUUGGACUUACAAGGGAGGGUAUUAAUUGAAGAGCUAGUUUGAGAACCCCCAUUUUUCACGAUGUUAAGGUUUUGAAGAAACCCUGGUAUGAGAAGUGAUGGUGUGUUUUUGUAUGUCAUCAGAGGAUAGUCUGGAGAGAGCUUAUUUGUGGUGAGAAAUGAAGACUCCUGUCCUAUACAAUGGGACACUUUGAUAUCUCAAAAACCUAAUGUGGGUUCUGGCGGUUCCCUCACUGUGAGAAGUGAGGUUACAGGGAACCAGGCAGAGGGCCUUCUCAGCAGUGGCGCCCGCCCGCCCUGUGGAACGCCCUCCCAUAAGAUGUCAAGGAAAUAAGCAACUACCUGACUUUUGGAAAACAUCUGAAGGCAGCCCUGUUUAGGGAAGUUUUUAAUGUUUGAUGUAUUUAUCAUGUUUUUAAUAUUCUAUUGGGAGCUGCCCAGAGUAGCUGGGGAAACCCAGCCAGAUGGGCAGGGUUUAAACUGUUGUUGUUGUUGUAAGUUGACUUGCCUUCAACUAGAGCUGCAGUACUUGAGUUGAUUUGCAGCAUAAUCCUAAACAGUUCUAUGCAGAAGUCUGUCAUAUUGAAUUCAAGUAAGUGGGUUUAGGAGUGCAGCCUUAAUUUGGGUCAAUCAAUUUUAAAAAAUAUUUUGCUUAAGCAAAAUAGGUGUUCCAUUUGUAAACGGGAGCAGGUUGGUUAAGGUGAGGCUGAAGGAUGAUGAGUAAUUUGAUGAUUUUUCAAUUUGCUGUGUCUGGAGUGGUGACCCUAAUCCACAUUUGCGAGGGUGAACGCAGCAGAGAGGCUCUAAUUAUUCCUGCAUUAUCUUAAGAUUUCUAAUGUACAGCUUGCUAUUUGUGCUUUAUUUGGUUUUAUAUCGUCUUAUAGCCCGUCUGAUUUUUGCAUGUGGCCUGUUUUUCAAUUUUGAUGUUUUUAAAUCACUCGCUUCCCAGAGGGCAUUGGUUACUGGGCAAUAUACAGAUUCGGUUCACAAACAAAUGUGCAACUCUGGAAUAUCGGGACGUUGUUACAUUGUGCUUGCGUUCUCAUUGCCAUGGAAUCCCACCCCCCACUUUUAUUUUUCCAGGUAAGGCGUUCCAUGAGCCACACAGGCAUAGCCUCAUCAGAAAGGUAAGCACUCAUAGGAAGGUAAGAAGUGAUGGACAGACACACUCUAGCCCGACUCAAAAAACUGUUUGCUUUGCCCAAGCAUUCCCGGGCAGUGCUCAGUAGCGGGGAAACGUGGAUCCUUUUGAGCCUUGGCUGAGAAAGUUGGCAAGGCACCCUCCCUUUUCUCUGCCAGUUUCCCUCACUCCUUCCCAAGCAAAGAAUCUUACUGAGAAAGGUGGGCAGCGAGGGCUCAGCAGAGACAAGAAAGCGUGCUGAAGAUCACAUCUUCAGUCCCCAGCAUCUCCCGGUUGGGCUGGAAUUGUUCCCUGGAGAGCCACUGCUUGUCCUUGUCACCAGAACUGAGCUAAAAGGACUGUUGGUUUGACUUAGGUUCACUCAAGGCCUGCAAAAUGCCUCAUGCCCUCUUUGCUGCUAGGUAUCUAUUUUUUCAAGGGUAAGGUUUUUCGCUUGGGAAAGGGGUUAGGGGACUGAGAGGGAAGGGCUGGCAAGUAGGGUGGAUAAAAAUCAAUUAUUUUUUAAAAAAUAAAAAAUAGGAUUUUUUAAAAUUUAAAUUGGAUUUUUAUUAUUAUUACUUUUUGGAGGAAAAAUCAUUCUAAAUGUAGUUUUCUGUUUAAGUUGCAUUAUAGUUUAGGAUUUAAGGAUUUGUUUUAAGUUUUUCAUGCGUGCUAAAACUCAGUCUAAAAAACAAAUUGUUUAAGCACAUCAGUUAACAAGCAUGGAUACAUAUGCUAUAAUGUUGUUGUGUUAGUUAAAUAAAUUGUUUAAAUUCUUAUUAAGGAAAUGAUUAUUUUUCUCCUUCCAAUAAAGUCCAGCAGAAAAGUUGUCCAAAUAUAAACAAUUAACUUAUUACAACCUUACAAUAAUUACAUAAAUAUCUGUCUAUGUAUUUCUAAUAGUAUAACCAAAUCAGUAAUUUUUGAUAUAACUGUAAAAACUACUCUGAAAAUUUAUUAUUUCAAAAAGGAAACCUUCAUCUGGUUGUAAAUAUAAAGGUUAUACCAGCAAGAAUGAAUCUUUCUACAAAAAAAAUGAUUUGAAUCAAGUCUUACUGACUAGUGAUUUAAAUCGUGAUUUAAAUCAAUUUGAUUUUAAUCAAAUCUACCCUGCUGGCAAGUGACAAACCCCAUUACAAACCAGGCCUGCUUAGAAGACUUUCCAAGCUGACAAAACCCACAUUCCAAACCUCCUUGGUUCUAAAUUGUUUUAUUUCGUCGUCCCGUUGCCUGAUUGUUCUCUACAGCGGAUCUGGGCAACAGGAAAUGCCUUGUGUUGUACUAUGGAAAUGAGAGUGCCUCUUUCCUCCCCCCCCCCCCCCCCGCCCAAGCCAGGGAUGAAUUCUGCAGUCCGUAUGUAUCUUACGCAAGGUGCUUAUUUUGCAUAGCACACCCUCCUUUUUUGUGUGCAUCCCCACAUAUGCUUACUCGGGAGUAAGUUCCCUGGAAAUCUUCCCUUGCAGAGCUCUGGAGCAGGCUCGGAUCUUGCCCGCACCCGCCAAGGGCACCGUGACGGUUCUGCGCAACUUGGAGGAGAUGGUGAUGUUUCGUUCGCAGCAAUGGGGGCAGCCGGGUUCCCAGUCCGAAAGCGCCCCCAGCACCAUCGUCGAAGAAGCAGUUGGUAGGGGCUGCCACGAGAUAAUGAGGUUAACGUGGGAGGGGAGAGGCGGUGAGUUUUGGUAGGCAGGCAGCCUUCCCCUCGGCCCUGUAAAAACAAUAAUAAUUGGAGCAUGCUGCCUUUCUUCCAUUAGCAAUUAUAAUUACCGUAUUUUUCACUCUAUAAGAUGCACUUUUUCCCUCCUAAAAAGUAAGGGGAUAUGUGUGUGCAUCUUAUGGAGUGAAUGCAGGAUGUGCAGCUAUCCCAGAAGCCAGAACAGCGAGAGGGAGCACUGCGCAGUGCUCCCUCUCGCUGUUCUAGCUUCUGGCUUAGCCACACAAAGCCUCCACAGGGCAGCGGGGAGCCUUCAUCCCGCUGUCCUGCGGAGGCUUCGCACGGCUAUUCCCCAUCAGUCCCUUCUCCCUCCUCGGGGAAAAGUCCCCAAAAGCCACAAACACGCUCUGCGCACUCUUUAAUCUGGGAAACAUAUAUGGUUAGAGUUCCCCUUCUGCGGGAUUUUGCUUGCCUCUGGGUGGAGUGUGUGGCUUCGGAGGGUGUUGGUAGGAUGUCUGUGCUCAGAAGUGGAAGCCGCCACUCUCUCUCACUCCCAGUUUCUUCCUCUUUUUCAUCUCAGACGUCCUCUCGUCGGCCCAGGACUCUCCAGUGGACUCAGCUGGCGGGGACCAACGACUGUAAUCCGGAUAUUGGCACUGCCGCAGCUCUUGUCGACACUUUGGAGCCAUCCUUGCUGCUAGCUCGCUAGCUAGCUAGAAGAACUGGCCCGGGGCUCCCUCCUCUAGUUUAGGAAUAGCCUUGGCCUGCAGGGUGCGAUGGUGGAAGCAUCCUUUGCUCCUAGGAAGGCAGUGUGCAUGAAGGGCAAGGAGUAGAUGCCAGACUUGGUUCUGUGCUUCAGUCUUGUAGUUGCCAAGGUGCGUCUGAGAAUGCUGCCCAGGUCCGCUGGCUUUUACAAAGCAGUCCUCCCUGAGAAGGGAUGGGGUCUGGGCAGCGGGAUAGCGAUUAGCUCUCCAUGCUGGAUUGGGUGUGACGGAAGUGGCAGUCCUGACGAGAGCCUGGGGUGCUUGGGAGGCAGCUUCUGAUUGGACAGGUUGCUCCCAGCUCUCUCCGGGGGCUGUCCCUAGUGGUCCUAUGCUCUUAUUAGGUCAGAGGUUUGGUCACCGGUGUAGCUGGAGCCCGGGGACUUGCGGUCUGUGGCAGAUGUAAAGCACCUUCAUCCCUCUCACCGGCAUAAGUUCUGUCGCUCGGUCAAACCUUAGAGUUGCUCUGCUCCCGGAUGUCUUGGGAAGUGCCCUGCUGGUUUGACUCUCGGCCAGGAUCUUUUUUUGCCUAGGAAUCUGCUCCAGGAAGGACCUCCUUUCUGAGCAUUCUUCCUCCUUCCUCAGCAGAGAGCUCUUCCUGCAAGCCACUCUUCCCCCAAAGAGACACUUACACACCCCAGCAUCGAACUUGCAGGACAGAUUGUAGUAUUCUUCUCGAUGCUUUCUCCCUGCUUCUCUUCAGCAGAGUCAUUGGCCCUGAGCGAAUGUCCGAUGUAGGAAUAGCAGCCUCUUUGGACAUCUGACCUCACAGCAACAUUGGGCUGCUUCCCUCUGCACAGCGUGGGACCGGGGUCAGGUGACCACAACCAGUCACAUACCAAACGUCGAAUUGACUCUACUGUCGUUUGCUGUACGGGAACUUACUGUUUUGUCUUGUGGGGUUCUCUGCCAACUCCGUUUUUGUAGGGAUCUUGGGCAGUUCUCCCUUAUCUCGUUCCUUUCUCCCUGUUCCACACACACAGACACCCCGCAAACCCCCGGUCUCUGGAGCCCGUUCCCAUGACGAGCCCUGCCCAAAGAUCAGACUCUAAUUUUGAAUGAAGACUCUAAUUUUGAAACAAA